UAACCUUCCUGCAGGAGAGGAAGUUCUUGCGAUCGUAAUUAAAGAUACCAUCGUAAAUCAACGAUUUCACGUCUGCAUUUUCCUAAUUUGGCGACGCAGACUAGGAGAAGAAAUUCGAAGAAAUAACCACUUGUGAAGAUUGAAAGAUGACAAUUCAGUUCUUCAUUAGUGGUAAAUGGAAAGGUUACUUUGUAGACAACAGGUAUUCUGCUGGAGGGCCAGCCAACAACAAGUGGUACAUGGACAUCAACAUGGCUUUUGAGAAUAACCACCAAUUCACUGCAACUGGGAGUGAUGAGGUUGGUGACUUCAAUUUUGAGGAUGGAAAAAUAACAGAUGGCAAAGUAACAUUCCGCAAGGCAUACAAUAGUCACAAUGUGUAUUAUGAAGGUGAGAUAAAAGGAACAAAGUUGGAAGGUCAGUGGUGGCUUGAGGAUGCCCCUUCUAUCAAGGGUGAUUGGGCAAUGUGGCCUGCUACAAGUGCAGAUAUCUGAGUCUCAGAAAGGAUUCAAAACUCAAAGAAUGCUUGUUAUGUGUCUAAACACACCAGUUGAAGAGAAAGCAUCUGUAAACGUUUGUAUCCAGUGAAACAUGAGUUUAUGUGUCAAAAGGAUAAGUAUGGCUUAAGAAAAAUGGUGCAGAUUUUAGUUUUUUUUCUGUCAAAAAACUUAAGGUGGGUCACAGUUGUCGAAAACCAUGCCACCCUCUGGAGAUUAAAGACCAUGUUGUCACUAUACUUAGAUAGUAAUUAUAAGGCUGUUUGGAUUUUCCACACAGAGCUGUACCAACUUAAAAGAAACAACAACUGAAAAUAAAAAGUGUGAUAGUAUUUUAUUGCUUUUCCCUGCCAAGCCGAAUCUUUUAAACUCAUGUAAUACUUCCACCAAUUUAACACACCUAUCAAGCACUCAUAUCCACUUUUAUACACACAUUUAUAAAGUGGUUAAACUAUGGUAUUUACAAUGAUAGAAAUCAAAAGAAAUCUUUGAGCAACUACACUAUGUUUUUCUUAAGUAGCCAUUUGCCUAUGCAAAAAAAAAACUUUGUGAUGAUUUUUGUAAAUCCUAUGCACUCUGACUAACUAUUGAUAUUACAUUAAAAUUAGUAAAACAUAUUAACUUAAUUAAGAAAAAAAAGUUAGUUUUUGAAACAGACAUCACAUGUAAUUUCCUUCAGUUGGUGACCACAAGAGCACAUAGAACAUUUGUAAGCAUUCUUUUAUGCAUAAACCUUGUUUACAACCUAUGAGCAAAACCUUAAGUCCAGGGUCCUUUAACAUUAUAACUUCUUUUCCAAAAAAUGUAAAAUUAUAAUUGUAAUAAUUUUGAAAAAAUAUCAUGUUUCAGUCAUUGUUGAUAAAAAAAUAUUUUACUCUGCCAGGCAUGACUUGACCAAUCAUGAAAAAGUUAAUCUGCUGCAUGCACCAGGGCUGUUGUUUCAUUUUUAACUUCUCACUUCCCUGAGGUGAUUAACAUACAUAUAUUUCCUCUCCUCU